ACCAGGAGCUGCGGGCCGAGCUGGAGCUCCUCAAGUCGAAUUUUUCGGGAAUUUGGGAUUCGGUCCAGCAGGAGCAGACCCGGCUGCGCUUCGGGAUCCAGCAGCACCAACUGGAGCAGCAGGAGCUGGCCGAGCUGCUGUGCCGGGCGCUGGGCAGCUCGCGGCGCUGCGGGCCGGGCUGGCGGCCGCACGGCUCCAGCUGUUAUUCCUUCUCGCGGGACGCGCUGAGCUGGGGCCGCGCCCGCAACGCCUGCGCCGACCUGGGCGCGCACCUGGCCGUGGUCAACGACGGCGACGAGCAGCUGGUGCAGAACAGCAACUGCAGCAGCUCCUGCUGGCUGGGGCUGACGGACGCGGAGCAGGAGGGGAAAUGGCGCUGGGUCACCGGCGAGGAGCCCACCGACACUUUUUGGGACGUGUGGCUGGAGGAGCCGCUGAGGGAGCUGAAGGACUGCGGCGCGCUGGGCCCCAAAGGGCGCUGGGUGAGCGCGCGCUGCUCGGAGCCGCUGCGCUGGAUCUGCGAGAAAGCCGGCAGCUGCUGA